AUGAUAACCACGUUUGAAUACAAGCGGCCGCUAAGACAAUGGGAGGAUGCCGAGGUCUGGAGAGAAAAUGGGGAAAGAAUAAUUGAACCGAGGCGUCAGAAAUAUGUAGGAUAUAUCUUGCUCAAACAAGGUCGUUAUCUGCGAGAGAGGUUCGCCAAUAUCCCCUACCUCUUGUUUGCAUUGGCUUAUAAGACAGGGCAUCACUGCACACACAUAUCAGGCAUAACAUGUCCUUAA